AUGGAGUUUUCAAAUGGAGAUCAUACCAAUGGUUCUUCAUUGAAUCUUUGCAUUGGUGAAACUAACCCUGACCCUUUGAAUUGGGGUAUGGCUGCGGAUUCAAUGAGAGGCAGUCAUCUUGAUGAGGUGAAGCGUAUGGUUGAAGAGUAUCGGAAACCGGUCGUGCCAUUAAGUGGAAAGGGAUUAACAAUUUCUCAAGUGGCUGCAAUCGCUACCCACAAUACCGGUGUGACGGUUGAACUUGCCGAAGAGACACGCACUGCCGUUAAAGCUAGUAGUGAUUGGGUGGUUGAUAGUAUGAAUAAAGGGACUGAUAGCUAUGGAGUGACCACUGGGUUUGGUGCAACUUCUCACCGGAGAACAAAACAAGGUGGUGCUCUCCAAAAUGAACUCAUAAGAUUUCUGAAUGCUGGGAUUUUCGGCAAUGGAACAGAAACAAUUCAAACAUUACCUCACACAGCUACAAGAGCUGGCAUGUUGGUUAGAAUCAACACACUGCUUCAAGGAUAUUCAGGAAUAAGAUUUGAAAUCAUGGAGGCAAUAGCAAAAUUUCUGAACCAUAACAUAACACCAUGUCUUCCAUUAAGAGGCACAAUCACUGCAUCAGGUGACUUGGUUCCUUUAUCGUAUGUCGCUGGGCUUUUAAUCGGAAGACCGAACUCGAAAUCCAUUGGACCCGACGGAAAAAUUCUCAACGCUAAAGAGGCUUUUCAACUAGCUGGAAUCGAAACUGGUUUUUUCGAGUUGCAACCUAAAGAAGGUUUGGCACUGGUGAAUGGUACUGCUGUUGGAUCAGGUUUGGCUUCAUUGGUUCUUUUUGAGACAAAUUUACUUGUUGUUUUGUCGGAACUUUUGUCGGCGAUUUUCGCUGAGGUUAUGCAAGGAAAGCCUGAAUUCAGUGACCAUUUGACUCAUAAGCUGAAACACCAUCCUGGUCAGAUUGAGGCUGCUGCUAUAAUGGAACAUAUUUUAGAUGGAAGUUAUUAUGUUAAGGCUGCACAAAAAGUUCAUGAAAUUGAUCCACUUCAGAAGCCUAAACAAGACAGGAACAAGGCACUUCAUGGAGGGAAUUUCCAAGGUACACCGAUUGGCGUUUCCAUGGAUAACACGCGUUUAGCCAUUGCUUCGAUUGGAAAACUCAUGUUUGCGCAAUUCUCUGAGCUUGUGAAUGAUUUUUAUAACAACGGAUUGCCUUCGAACCUCACCGCGAGCCGUGAUCCGAGCUUGGAUUACGGCUUCAAAGGAGCGGAAAUUGCAAUGGCAUCAUAUUGCUCAGAACUUCAGUACCUUGCUAAUCCUGUCACUACUCAUGUUCAAAGUGCUGAGCAGCAUAACCAAGAUGUUAACUCCUUAGGCUUGAUUUCAUCAAGAAAAACCACAGAAGCCGUAGAAAUACUGAAACUCAUGUCAUCGACUUACUUAGUCGCAUUGUGCCAAGCAAUUGAUCUUAGGCACAUUGAAGAAAACUUGAAAACUGUAGUCAAGAACACAGUGAGUCAAGUGGCAAAGAGAAUUCUCACAGUUGGUGUAAAUGGCGAGUUGCAUCCAUCAAGGUUCUGCGAGAAGGAUUUGCUAAAUGUCGUUGAACGCGAGUAUGUGUUCGCGUACAUUGAUGACCCCUGCAGUGCUACAUACCCUCUAACGCAGAAGCUGAGACAUGUACUAGUUGAUCAUGCAUUGCAAAAUGGCGAUAAGGAGGCGAAUUCAGCAACCUCGAUUUUCCAAAAGAUUGGAGCUUUUGAGGAAGAGCUUAAGACCCUUUUAUCUAAAGAGGUUGAAAAUGCAAGAACUGAAGUUGAAAAUGGAAACCCUGCAGUUCCUAACAGGAUUAAGGAAUGUAGGUCUUAUCCAUUGUACAAGUUUCUGAGACAAGAUUUGGGGACAAGUUUGCUGACAGGUGAGAAAAUUAAGUCACCUGGUGAAGAAUGUGAUAAGGUUUUCUCAGCAUUGUGUGAUGGAAGUUUUAUUGAUCCUAUGUUGGAUUGUCUUAAGGAAUGGAAUGGUGCUCCUCUACCUAUAUGCUAG